CCGCCUGCCUGUGUGCCGCGCAGCUCCUCGUAGGUAUUUCCGAGCUGGACUGGCCGGAUGGGUGAGCACUGAAUAUAGCAAGGCCUGUCGGGUGCUGUAGUUCAUUCUAACUGAACAAUCAGUAGUGCAGAGCGGUGCCAGACUGCCACCUGCCCACUCCCAGCGCCUCCGGUUACACUGGCGGAUGGCAACACUCCAGCCUCACAGCUCGUUUCCUUGGCAACCAGCUUCUACCACCGGCUCCAGGCUCCAAGGGCAGUGGCAAUUUUUUUCUAACUACAAAUAACUAAACAAAAGCUAAAGGCUACAGAUUGCAGCAAACAAAGCAGCCUGGGGCUGUAGAAUGAAUGAACAAUCCCCGGCACUACGGCCCAUACAGAGAAAGGGCAAUGCACACCCUUUUUGAAAAUAAAGCUCAGAUGUCCUUUGUUAAGUAGUUGCAGACCAGCUUAAAGCCAGGACUAUAAAUAGGAGUUUUCCCUGUUCCAAUCCAGAGAUCCAGGAUCUACAGAACAGCCAAAAUGGGAAAGAUUAUCUUCUACGAGGACAAGAAUUUCCAGGGCCGCUCCUAUGAGUGUAACUCUGACAGUAUAGAUCUUCACUCCCAUUUCAGUCGCUGCAACUCCAUCAAAGUGGAAAAUGGGAACUGGAUGGUGUACGAACAUGCAAACAACCAGGGACACCAAUAUUUCCUAAAGAGAGGGGAAUAUCCUGAUUUCCAGCACUGGAAUGGAUUCAAUGACUCCAUCAGCUCUUGCCGAAUUAUUCCUCAGCACCGUGGCACUUUCCGCAUUAGGAUCUACGAGAGGGAAGACUUUAGGGGGCACACAGUGGAGUAUACAGAGGACUGCCGCCAGGUCUAUGAAGAGUUUAAUUACCAUGACAUUAAUUCAUGCAACGUGCUUGAGGGACACUGGAUCUUCUAUGAAUUGCCCAAUUAUAAAGGGCGUCAGUACUACCUGAGACCUGGAGAGUACCGGAGAUACAACGACUGGGGCGCUACCUCUCCAAGAGUUGGCUCCUUCAGAAGAGUCCAAGAUCUUUAUUAAAGACCAACAGUAAUUCUUCUAACAAUUUUGACUCACAAUAAAAUGUCCUGACAUUAAA